AGAGCGGAAGGCUGCUAGAUCGCGUCGAUAGUGAAGAGUGUGACGGAUACGACACGGGUGUUCAGACACGCGAAAAAAAUCAGAGAUUGGUGAAUCGGUGAAUCGCAAGCGAAGUAGAGUAGAAAGCGAGAGGGCCGAAGUAGAUCACUAUGUCGGCUAGAAGCACCAAGCCCGUCCUGACGGAACGACAGCGCGUGCCCCCCCAUUUGUCUUCGACCGAAAGAGCAUGCACCCCUUCCUACCCAGACAGGCCUCUGCGAAAGCGAAGCAGUGCGGCAUCAACUCGACUUGCUGAAGAUUCCGGAUAUGCGACCGCGAAUACUACGGUCAUGACGGCGGGCACGAGGAGGUCUGGGUUGAGUGUGAGUGUGGGUCGUGAUGUGGGCCAGGAGGCGAGAAAGCUUUCUUCGGGCACAACUGCUUCGACGGCGCGAGGAUCGUUGGUAGCGAACACAACUGGACGCUCGCGUACUUCGACCACUAACAGUAGCAUCACGACAGUCGCUGCGACCGCGCGGCCAAUACUGAAGCCGAGGAGAGUCGAGACCCAGCGCCUCCAAACAUCUAUCAGCUCGCGGGACGGACACCUACCCCCCUUUACAACCACCGACGCAGCGGACAUAAUGAAAGGCCGCAUCUCAGAUGUCACCCGUCGCCGAAUGGAAUUGCGUGCCGUCGCGGCCACCGGAUGUAAACUCUCAUCAACGCCCGCGAGCCAUGUACACAAAUCUAUUCCAGAUGUCCCAAGCUUGAAUGUUAGAAAAUCAGUGCGGACUCGGGCUAGGGAGGAAUCGCGCGAGAUAGUUAUGGAGAGCGAGAGGGAGAAAGAACGGGUGGAACGGAUGCAGCGGUUGGAGAGGCUGGAGAAAGGCAAGCAGCGGGAGCGGGAAUUGGUUGAAAUGCAGAUGCAGAUGGAGCAGCAGCAGAUUAAGAGGAAUGCGGGCGGGGAUGUUGUCAAUCAUGAGACGGGCAGGCCAGCGCACGCUCACAAAAGAGUCAAGUCGGUCCACCACUAUAGCAAAGAAAACCGCUUGCCGCCGGCGCCAGCGCCAGCAUCAACUCGCACUCAUGUCUCAAGCAUUCCGCCGCCAUCAACUAUCCGCGCAUCCCAACGUGUCAAAUCCAAGCCGAAAACUACGACUUAUACGUCCGUCUCAUCUACGGCGCCGGCUCAAACAAGGCUGCCGAGCGCUCCGAUCGCACACCAUGUCCAACAUGCGAGUACCGCCAGGCCUGUGGAUUUCAAGGCAUCCGUGGCCAGCUAUGCUAGUACGGCGGGAACGACGAUGAGACGGGUCCAGAAAUCGUCCACGAGCUCGUCAUUGAGCGCCAAUAUGCCGAGUCAUGCAUCAGGUCAUGGGUCAUACUCGCGGAUAUUAUCGGAGACCGUUGCGCCCAGCGCUGCACAUACCUCAACGACCUCAGCGACGGUCCGCUCCAAUUCCGGUGGAAGCAGCAGCGCACACGCACAACAACUGUUGCACCAACCAAACCAGAAGGUGCAACUGCACUACACGGCCCCCACGCAGCCGACAUACCUGCAAACGCCACAAACCCAAGUCCAGCAAGACGAUUUCACAUUCACCACCUCCUACUCCACCCUCUUCUCACGCCACAUCGCCAAACCCACAUUCCCGUCCUCGUUCCACACCGCCUCCACCACCAAAACCUCCCGCCUGCGACUCUUUUCCAACGCGUCCUCCGUGAAUCCCUUCGCGGAUCGCAAGAUGCCGGGAGCGCCUCGGUGUGGGAAGAAGGAUUUUAGGGAUUUGGAAAAGAGUUGAGCGGAUGCGGUUAAAGGAGGUGUUUGUGCCGGAGUAUGAGGAGGAGAUUUUGGGGGUUUUGCGGGGGAGGGAGGCAACAAUAAGAAUCAACCCGCACUACGCCCUCUCACCCACCCAACCCACCCUCACCUGGUCCAUGCGCCGCGUCCUCAUCAAUUGGCUCGUCCAGCUCCACACCCACUUCAACCUCCUCCCCGAAACACUCUUCCUCACAACCCACAUCCUCGACCGCUU